UGAAGGAGAGGGAUUACAGACAAACAGAAACAUUCUCACCAUCACCGGCUUUGAGAAGGAACAACAAAGAAGACAAAUUUUACGCGUUUUGACGUUGAGGGGUACAUUUGUAAAGUUUAAUAACCUUGAAUAGUUUAAUAUAUUUAUUUAAGUUAUUUAUUUUAUUGAGCCAUAACAACUUAUCUUGUGGACAAAGAGUACUGUGAGAUAGAAAGAGAAAGUAGCCAAAGCAAACAACGUCGGUUAUUUCUAUUUUCUGAUAUUGAACGCAUAAUAGUAUAUACUAUAACUUACCAUAUAUUUGUACAUUUACCGGUUGAUUCGUCUCGCAUUUGCCUAUUCAAAGUGCUUCUUUAGCGUCACCUUUCGUUCAUUUCGUGCGCAAAAUGAUACGGAUACCCAGAGGGAUUUCUCCUGCUUCUGGAAGAGGCGCAGUCGCAGGGCUCUCGUGUCCACAGAAGAAAACGCUACCCGGGAUGAGGACGGAUUUCUUCAACACGGGACUCGCAAGCCCACCGAUGAAUUCGGUACCGGCUGGGUACUUCACUCAAAUCGGGAACAAGACAGCUGCGGAGCAGAGAUCCAACUGCCUGUAUGCGACCCCCCACGGGCCUGAACCUAAGCCUGUGCGGACUUCCUCUGGCCGGCUACCGGCCAAACGGAGACUAGAUCUGGAAGAGCCGCUUUAUCUCCCCGAAUUCCGGACACCGAAAGGAAAAGGACAUUCGGCAUCUGUGAGAGUACAGAGUCCCAAAACUCCCAAAUCUCCCGGAGAGCGUACUCGUUACGACACAUCCCUCGGACUGCUAACUAAAAAGUUUGUGGGAUUACUGAGCGAAUCGGCCGAUGGGGUCCUGGAUCUGAACUGGGCUGCAGAGGUUCUGGAAGUUCAGAAGAGACGAAUCUACGAUAUUACGAACGUUCUUGAGGGAGUGCAGCUCAUUCGCAAGAAAUCCAAGAACAACAUACAGUGGCUGAUCAAUGGUGUGUUUGAAGGAUCAAACAGCACUUCAGAAAAGACCAGUGCUCUCAGAAAAGAGCUGUCUGAGCUUGACAGACAGGAGAAACUUCUAGACGACCUCAUUCAAUCCAGCUCGACACGGCUACGAGAUCUCACAGAGAACAAGGACAACCAAAGAUUUGGAUAUGUGACCUACCAAGACAUCCGCACCAUAGCCAGCUUGAAAGAGCAAACCGUGAUCGCUGUGAAAGCACCAUCCGAGACCAAAUUAGAAGUUCCAGAGGCAUCUGAGGGCUUACUGCAGAUUUACCUGAAGAGCAAAAACGGCCCGAUCGAGGUAUACUUGUGUCCCGAGGAGUUUAUAGAGGACAGUAGUCCCAUCAAAAAUCCCACACCCAGAAAAGAUUACCCACAAACCCCCAGUCUCCCCAUACCCUCUGUCAUCCCACCAGCCAAGCCUCAGCCAGUGGAGGGUUUGAUGUCGAAGUCUCAGCCGUCGUCGACAAACACCAAUGGCAGCGCCUCCCUCCUCGACGUGGAAGGGAUUCUGGAUCUUCCUCCCAGCCUUCUGCAGAUGACAGAAGAUCAGCUGCCUGGUACCGCCUUCACGUUGGACGCCUCAGCGCCCUUUGUUAGUUUUUCUCCUCAGCUAACUCACGAUGACUACCUCUGGGGUCUGGAGGAUGGAGAAGGCGUAUCUGACUUCUUUGACACGUAUGAUCUCGGAGAUCUGCUUAAAACAUGAGGAGUCCUGGUUCAGUUCGAUGAAACAAUAGCAGAUCAUUUUCAAAAGUUCAUGUAAUUAGUUUACACCUUACAUUAUGAAAUAGUUGUUAGUAUAAGUGCACUACUGAUUUGGCUCAAGUGGUACCAUUCCAGAUGUUGACCGGUUAAAUUUGGAACGGACCUCUAGUUAGAAUUAAAUACGUUUUAGAUUUAAAAGGUGAACAAGCGCCCUCUAGAGGUGAUCUAUGUACACUAUUAAGCUAUAAAGCCAUUAUUUUAUUUCAUCAGCCAUAUAAUAGUAAGUAGGGAAGCAUAACGAUUAAUCUCGAUUAUUCUAUAGCAGAAUAAAAGUUUUUGUCUACAUCAUAUAUGUGUGUGAACUGUGUAUAAUAAUUAUGUAUAUAAAUAUGAACACAUGCAUGUAUAAUUUUAAGAAAAAAAUAUAUUUAUAUAUUAAGUAUUUAUAAAUUAUACAAAUGUAUAUACACAUGCAAACAUUUCUUAAAUAUAUACAUGCAUUUAUCUAUACAAAGUUAUUAUACACAGUUCACUCACACAUAUAUGAUGUAAACAAAAACUUUUAUUCUGCUAUAGAUUAAUCGCAAUUAAUCAUUAUGCAUCCCUAAUAGUAAGGUAUUUUUGUAUGUAUAGCUUAGCUAUAGAUAUUUCUGACAAAACAAAAAAUGGAUUUGUCUGGUGAUAUUAAUUAUUUCAAUUGAUUUGUUUGCAUAUGGGCAAUAAUUUAAAGUGGUCUUUAUAACUUCAAUUGAUUUUUGAAGUCAGACGUUUGUAAUUGCCUCGUAUCUAGGUAUGUAGAAAGUACUGUUUUAAUAUUUUAUUAGCAAUUCUUGAUUAGGAUGUGUAAAACUCAGGUAAAUAUUGAAGCUUUACUAGAGCUAGAGCUUUAAUAAUUGUUAUAGUCAAACUUUGCCAGUAGAGGGCUGUGUGACCAUUUGAAAGUUGUUAUGUAUCAGAAAACUUUUACACUUUUGCGUCAUAACCAGACUUGAUCAAUUUUUCUAAAAACAAUUUUUGUAAAACAGUCAUACAAUAUGAAUCCAUAUAUGUGUUUGGGUAAAUCAGUGCUUAGAUUUUAAAUAAUGGUGCUUGUUUGUUCGCUCUACCUCCAUUGUUUAGUUUGAGCCAUGGUGAGGUGGUGAACAGUGGCCUUUCCCAUGGCACUGACUAAUGAUGUCGUGCCAUACAAUGCCUUUAAAAUUGGUUAUAGGUUUUAAUCACUGACAUGACACCAUCGCCUCAGGGAUUGUUUAGAUUUGGCAGCUAAAUUUUACAUUUCCAAAUGUAUUAUUCAAAUGCAUUUCGAGGUCUUGAAACUAAGGUAAUGGUGCUCUCAGGGUUCACUGCUUUAUUUCUACUUCUGAUGUUUAAAGGGAUCUGUCAGAAACCUUUGAUACUGUUUGAACACGGGAACACAAAGUGGACUUUGUUUCUAGCGUUUUCUUUUGGAGUUGCCCCACCUGAAUGGUGGGUUUUAUGGUUACCUAGACAAAGCAAGAUUUAACUGUUUACAUCUGGCAUGUGUAAAACUAGUUAUAGACUACAUACUUUGAAAACACCCAUCUUUAGUGCAUAGCACGCUUGGUUUGGGAGGCAAUACGACUUGAAGUUGAUGUUUAAAAACUACAUUUCCACACCCAGUUGUGGUUGUUCGGUGUUCAGAGCAAAUCUUUUUCACACAAACAAAUGUGAAUAAAAACAUGUUGAUCUACCAGCAUUUUGUAAUCUUGGACUUUAAAAUUUUGUAACCUAGUGUUUUUCAAUCCUGAUCAGCAUUUGUCGAGGGUGCCUUUGGAGUUUGGUUUUAAAUCAGCUAUAAUCAGAUUUAAUAUUUGUCUGAUUAAUUUAUAGAUGCUAUCUGGGGUGUGUACAAAAUUGGGGUUCAUUUCAUGCAACUGUCCCGUAUGCGGACAUAUGUCCUGUCCUAACAAACUUGAAAAAUGUGUGUGCGUGUGUGUAUGCAUGAGUGUGCUGAGGCAUGUUACCAGUUUUGUGCAUUUGAUUGUAGUCUUUAGUGUUUGUCUGGCAUUAUUUUACGUUUACUUUCUAAGCAUUAUGUUAUUGAAAUUGUACAGAAUGGUUUUGUAUUUAUAGGUUUUGUAUUCGAAGGAAUUUGGUAAUUGUCUCAGGAUGUAUCAUUUUUAAAAGACCGUCUGUUUAACAGGCAGCACUUAAGAUUUGAUAUUGUGGUGUUUAAAUAAAUAAAGCC